GCUGUCGCUGUGUGCGGAAUGCCGGCCAGGAAGUCAGCUAUAGGAUCUUUGCUCGGGAGCGCCGGCGUUCGUCGUGCGUUGGCUCCAUGUAAAUCUGAGUCAGUCAGUGGCGGCAGGAGAGGCGAUAACAAGGUGGUGGUGGUGGCAGCAGUAGUGGCGGCGACGACAGCGGCGGGCACCCGGAGCGCAGGGAACAUGGAGCUGCGGGAGACGCUGGAUCUUUACAAGGAGACGGUUGAGUUGUAUCUAGGAUGGGGGACGAGUUAUGUGAACACACGGUUCCAGGGGAUGGAGCCCUGGCAGAUUGCUGCCAUCACAGUCAUGGCUACUCUGCUGGCAGUGUGGCUACAUGGCUUCCUCUUCAAACGGCAAAGUAUCUCCUCACGGUUAAGGAAGUUCUUCUUCAGGAUCAUAAGGAAAUUGCCAUUCCUUGCUGCUUCAAUACAGAAGAAACUUGACAAAGCACUCAACGACCUGGCUUCAAGUGUCCUAACCCUAGAAGAUGGAAUUACAUAUGUCACGUCUUUACCGGCACAUGGGCUAACGGAGUCUGAUCUCCUCACCAAGAUUAAAGAAUACAGCACAAUGGGGGAAGUAUGUUGGGAAAGGGGCCAAGUCUCUGGCACCGUGUAUAGUGGCGAUGAACAACUCACAAAACUGAUGGUGAAGGUCUAUGGGGACUUUGCUUGGAGCAAUCCCCUCCACCCGGAUAUCUUCCCUGGAGUGCGAAAGAUGGAGGCGGAGGUUGUUCGGAUGUCUUGCACACUCUUCCAAGGAGGACCUGACUCCUGCGGAACGGUAACGUCUGGUGGAACCGAAAGCAUCCUCAUGGCUUGCAAAGCCUACAGGGACCUUGGGCUCGAAAGGGGAGUGAAGUAUCCGGAAAUCCUCGCUCCAAUAAGUGCCCAUGCUGCUUUCGACAAGGCUGCCCAUUACUUUGGCAUGAAUAUAGUCCAUGUUCCUUUGGAUAAAGAGACAAUGCAGGUGGAUGUGAAGGCCAUGAAAAGAGCCAUUUCUCGGAACACCGUCAUGCUGGUCUGCUCUGCGCCUCAGUUUCCACAUGGAGUCAUGGACCCAGUCGAGAAGAUUGGCAAGCUGGCCUUGGAUUAUGAGAUCCCUCUGCACGUGGAUGCCUGCCUGGGGGGCUUUCUUAUAGUCUUCAUGGAGAAGGCUGGUUAUUCUCUACCACCCUUCGAUUUCCGUGUUAAGGGAGUGACGAGCAUCUCGGCUGACACACACAAGUACGGAUAUGCCCCCAAAGGUUCAUCAGUUGUACUAUACAGCGACAAGAAAUAUCGACACUACCAAUUCUUUGUCGCCCCAGACUGGCAGGGAGGUAUCUAUGCAUCACCCACGAUCGCAGGGUCGAGACCAGGUGGGAUCAUUGCUGCUUGCUGGGCAACGAUGAUGUACAAGGGCGAAGAUGGUUACGUGAAGGCUACAAAGAAGAUAAUUGAUACGGCACGACACAUCAUAGCUCAGUUAAAGAAAAUAAAGGAAAUCUUCAUCUUUGGAAAGCCUGAAGUAUCUGUUGUAGCCAUUGGCUCGGACACUUUUGAUAUAUUCCGAUUAUCAAAUGCAAUGACAUCCAAAGGGUGGAACCUCAACACCUUGCAGUUCCCUUCCAGCAUUCACAUAUGUGUGACGCUCCUGCACACCAGGAGCGGUGUGGCUGACCGGUUCGUGGGGGAUGUUCGUCAGAGCGUGGCUGAAAUAAUGAAAAACCCAGCGGAGAAGACAACUGGGCGGGGUGCGAUCUACGGGAUGGCGCAGUCGAUUCCUGAUCGCUCUCUGGUGACGGAAAUCUCCCAUGGAUUCCUGGACUGCCUCUACAGCACCGAACUUCCCAAUAACAAGAAAAGCCACAUGAAUGGAGACUCGACAAAACACUGAAGAGCACAAAUUAACUUUUUAAAAGAGAAAGGAAAUCAUGGAUUGCGUAGCAAGAGAAAGUUUUAGCGGACAGCUGAGGUGUCCAGAACCAAAUUCUAUUCCUUGCUUUUUGCAGGCAUUUAAAAAUCUGGGAAUAUAUAAUUGGAUAAGGUGGGGUUAAUUUUGUUGUUUUUUUAUUUGUUUUUCAUUUGCCACUUCUGAAUCCCAAAAAGCCUUGACUUUGUACUUU